CGACGACGGAAACUUAGACGAGUAGGUUUGGUGACAUCUUUUACGGCGUCCUCUAACAACUCGUCCAGCUGAUUCCCGUGCCAAAAUGGUAAUCGUUUUAAAUAAGUGUGUCCUCUGCUUUAAACUUGUGAAUCUUAACUUAAAUUAUGGAUCCUACGAAAACGAAGACGUUGAAGAAAGAAAAAGCGUCGGUCAAAUCGGAAGUCGGCUGUUGUGUGAAAGACGAGCCCCCUGAAGUGGAAGCUGCGGACUGUGCUAUUGACGUUAGUAGUCGUUUGACUAACGGGAUUGAUUAUAAAGAAAAUGUGUCAGAAACUGAGAACAUGGGCAUGUUUUCCGGACCGCUGGAAACCGAAGCAACGAAGUCGGUCAGGAACAACUGGAUGAAGACCCACAUCGAGCAGUCAAUCAGUGAGGAAGCAAGGAAAAAGGUAGCAACUCUCAUCGAGGAUGUCGGUCAGCUUACGGACAUUGAGAAGCUAUAUCUGUACCUCCAGCUUCCUACUGGGACUCCCGUCGAUGCAGAUCCUCUUAAGCAGAAAAGUUCGGGCAAUCCGCUGGGCAAGAAGGCAGACGCGGAGGUGGCGCAGACUUACACCUGGAUUCAGAGCCACCUCGAGGAAGACCCCGAGACAUCACUGCCAAAGCAGGAAGUUUACGAGGAGUACAGGAGUUUCUUUGAGAAGAACAAGAUUGAGCCACUCUGUGCGGCUGACUUUGGCAAGGUGAUGAAACACGUGUUUCCAUCGGUGAGACCACGCAGGCUCGGCACGAGGGGCAACUCUCGGUACUGUUACAGUGGGCUUCGUAAAAAGUGUGAAAUGAGAUCGCCCACACUGCCAGACCUGUCAGCAAGCGAGGACUCGCUGACCAAGGAGUGUCCACAGGACGGGUCGGAAGAAGAGCGGGAAGAGCUGAGUCAGGCGUCAUGGCUGCUGGUACGCGAGUGGGCCGAGAAGGUACUCUCACACAAGUUCCCCACCGUGCGCCACCUUGCACGGCACCUGGUGGACAGCACGUUUGUGGAUGCCUGCUCGGUGGCCGCUGUCACCGUGCUCUCGGCCAAGGCCCUCUCCAACGACAAAGGAAGCCAAGCCAGCAGCACCCCUCGAACCCCCGGCAAACGGCGAGAGGCGCAGCAGCAGCUGCAGCGCAAGCUCCAAGAGAAGAAGAGGCUGGGCGACCAGAAGCGCAAGCUCACCGAGCAGCGCUCCCACUCAGCCCAGUCUUCGCAGUGCAGCACGCCGACCGAUGGCCGUUCCUCCCAGCAGAGACGAGCGCUGGCUGCCACACCACAGGGCAAACGGGACCAGGCCUCACCGUCCCUGGUCUCCUCCGAAGGAGAUGUGGCACGGAGGCUGAAGGAAGAGCCCGCAGAACUCAAGUUGCAAACCUCUGCCACGCCAGGGAACAACAUCAUAUUUGUCCCCACCGUGCAGGGCCUGCAGCUUGGCUCUCAGGACACCACGGGCACCGGCACCAUGGUCGCCACGGCCCCGGGUUGCAAGUACAAGAAGAUCCAGCCCAAGCCAGCCACCUGCCGGAGUACGGCAGUGGUCGUGCACUUCAGCCGAGAAGGCGGCCUCACCACGCCCACGGCUGAGGUGGUUUCCUCGUCGCAGUCGCCUGUCGUCGUCUGUGCGGACCCGGUCACGGAGGCCGCCGGAUCGUCGUGCGGCAGCAAGCUCAGCAGCAUAGCCUCGCAGACGGUGCUCCAGGUGCCCAGGGAUCGAGUGAACAGUAGCUCGGACUGGGACGCCAAGCCCAGCACCGAGGUGUCGGCGGGAACCAUGAAGAGGCACUCGGAGGAUGGAGAGGCUCUGCUUUGCAAGAGACGGCACACCGAUGAUGGCACCGGGACGCUCAAGUUGGAAUCAGCCAGCCUGGACCUUCUGGUACCUACCCAAGGGUCAGUCAAGGAGGAAAUGUGCGUGGGCCACCUGGAGAAAGAAGCACUAAACGAGUAUUAUGGCAACACCUCAUAUGACACCUCAGUUCUGGAGAGGCUUGCUUGCAAGGACGAACUCUCGCAAGGGACAAUGAGUAAUGAAGUUACUGCACAGGCAGUGAGUGAGGUGACCAAGGCCCACUGCGCGGAGCAUAAGACUGCCCAGCUUUCUCAGUUGCGAAUGCUGCUGGAGAGGAACCUCCCUAGCUCGUACCAGCGCAAAGACGUCACUAAACUGCUGAACACUGGUAAGCAGAGCACAGGCUUAGAGUGCGGUAUAGACCCCGCGCUUCUCUUGGGGCAGUUGGAUAAUCUGAAGAAUGGAACAACGCUCAAGCAGGUCACUGUGCCUCAGAAUAGUGCGUCCUCGUCGACGGUCCACUGGAAAACAAGUGCCUGGACAAACUUAGUCUCCAAAAGCGCCGGACUGCAGCAACAGGACGACCUUAGUGCCAUUUCACUUGACGGACUCGUGAAAUUGAAAGACCCUGUUGCAGACGCGGGACACCUUGUGUGUGAUCCGAGCAUCCAGGCAUCGUUGGACCAAGUUCUGAUCGGGGCCAGCCAUGUGUCUAUUGCACCUAUUCCUUGCAGCCCCAACAGCCGGGGGCGCUUCUUCACGCCCAUCUCGCCUCAGACGACUCCCCACCCCGACAGCCUCCUGCCUUCCCUCUCUUCCCCUGUGAUGGCCACCAGCACAGAUAUGGUAUCGGUGGCGGUGGGUACAUCCUCACAGCCACCAAGUGCCACGAGCAGCCCAUUCGUUUCGCCGAGAGGCACGCCCGUUCCGUGGACGAGGUCACGGCACAGUUCCGGCCAGAGCGGCUACAGCGGCACACCUCGACAGACACCCUUCCAGGCAGUGGACUCGGGUGUAUCGUCAGUGUCUGGCUCGCCCUUCGUUUCACCACAGAGCACCCCGGUGACGGCCGGUCGCGUGCGUCACAAUGCCACCUACAACCCUGGCAAGGCAGUCACGUUCACCAAUGGCUACAACACGGUGCUCCCAGGGCGUGCCCGCCACAGUUCAGGCCCAGGCGGCCCACCCUCCCAGCUUGUGUCGCCACGCAGUGCUCCACUCUCCCCCAUGGUGGGAGAGAGUGCCACGCAGACCUCGGGCUUCUCAUUUCCGGCUGUUGGCGAGACACCCACGUUGCUGCGUUCACGUCAUAACUCCGCAUCAAGCGUGCCACCGCCUUCUCCUCAGUCAGCCCCUCUGUCGCCACUGGUGUCGUGCCCACCUCCAGCUCCCUCGCUCAAUGACUGCAGCAGCCUGGUGCCCAGUGACACCGACUCGGGCAUGGGCCAACCGCCAUCAAGCCCCAGCUGGAUUGCUGGCCUCAAGGAGAGCACCACCAACACCUCACUGCUUUGGCCGUCGACCUCGUCAUCUGCACGGCAGCGCCAUGCUUCGGGACCCGUCCUGCCCCAGCGACUGAGCAUGACUGGCAGUGACCCCCUGGCACACGAGAUACAGGAGUACUUCAAGAACACCCCGCUGGCCAGUGGUGCACCUUCGGCCAAUCGCAGCCGCUCAGUGCCUGUGCACCAAAUGCUGCUGCUCCAGGAGGAAAUGGAGCCUCACAGUUUGAGCGGCGCGGUCGACAGCUUCUCCAAGUCGUAUCCAGCCACGCCGAGCAUGGGUCAGUGCUUCAACUUUCCCCAGCAAUCUGCCGCAGCUGCUGACCCAUUGACCUACACCGGCACCGAGACAUUGGCCCAGCAGGACGACGUCUUCUUGGCAUCGGACUGGAAUAGCACCCUGGAGAAUGAGCCAGCCAUGAAGUUUGAGGACAAUGACGACUUUGAUGCCGAGCUGCAGUCUACCCUAGAAGACCUCAAGGACUGUGAUGAGUUCUCGAAGUUUGCUAAGGAGUUGGACUUCACUGCUGAGAACGAGGAUGACGAGAUGACCUGAGUGGGCAGUGAGGUACCUUCUUUUUAAGAGCUGAGCUUCCCACAGGGCAGUUGAUGCCACUAGCAGCCACUGUUUAUCUUUUUGCUGAGAAUUCUUGUACACCAGAGGUUGACAGGUGUGUGACCUUUUGUUGGCCGUGACCAUAGAGUUUCUCAAUACAAUACUAGCUAGGCCAGGAUGAGCAUCUCCUCAAAUGUUUAUCUUGUUUUUCAAGGAGGUCCCUUUACAGCAUUCUACUGUCAGGUGGAUGGCAAUCAUUUAUUAAACUUGGCUCCACCUGGUGGAUUUCCACGGAGCUUAUUUAAACACUACCUAGAGGGAAAUCUGGCAUCACUGUCUAUGCGAGUUUCUGAAAGGGCACUGUAAAACCAAGGGAAUGCCGGCAUAAGAAAGGUAUGGCUUGUCUUGAACUUGGCUCGGACCAAAACAGUCAUGACUGUGCUAACAAAGCCUGCUUGAAUUCUUGCCCCAAAUCUUGCUUCUCUCUUCUACAUGAUGCAGUAACGUUUUCUCACGUACAUUUAAAGAGAGGAAGACAGAAGCAUACAUUGUUGAAACUGGCACACAUUCAGUGCUACCUUCUCGUCUUUCCUUAAAAUUCAGUUAGCCAGUGGUAGGGUUCACAUUCAACAUAACUGUACAUUCUGGUGUGAGUGCUCAUGCUUUAAAGGGACACUAAAGUGAAAAAUGAUUUCUUCUGCAUCAGUAAAUUACCGUUCUACAACGCCAAAAACACCACUCUUACAACGAUAAGACGUUUGGUAAGCCAGAAAAAGCGCAAGAACGAAAUACGGGUGGCGACCCCUACUUAAGUUCCCGCACCUGGGGGCUGUGACGUCUUGCAUUUUGAUGGCAUCUUCUAGGGCCUACUAAUUAUAUAUAGCGGUACAGAUUGACUACAUUGUCUUCUAAAGGAACCAAAUAUUAAACAUGGCAAGUUUCGGGAACCUUUAUACAGCCAACGCGACCCAAAUGCGAAAACAUACUUUGGUAUCCCUGACGUCACGCUGACGUACCGGCGCUUGCGUUUCGGCGCGAAAUUCAAAUACUGAUACUUGGACCUUCAUUUUCUCAUCCAAUAAUCCAACUAUUGUUUUGAAAUGACUGCCUGCAGUGUUCUCAAACAACGCUUUAUUAGUCUAAACUGAUUUGUUGUUUCACUUUAGUGUCCCUUUAAUGACAAUUGUAUUGAUGAUACCACAAAAAUAGCCUAUUGUAUGUCGUUUUAGUGGAGUCUGAAAGAACUGUUGUAACAGGGGGCAUGGCUGCUGCUCAGACACAUCUUCAGGGUGUCUUGGCUUUCUGUAAACAAUGGUAAUCCGAAGGCCCUACUUCCGUGUGUUGCCAUGGAAACAGCAGCACUGCAGUGCCGUUUUUCCCUCUUAGGUAACGCUAAGAAACUCUAUGGCUGCGAACUUCAUAGCUUGUGGACCGAGCUGUGGCAGGUGACGAUGGGGUCCUAACUGUGGCCUGAUGAUUAAAGGUACAGUGAAGGCAGGAUCAAGCUAGGUUGUUAGAUUAGCCUUCUAGAAACCUUGAGCGUUCGUUUCGCCCCAGGAAGUGACUUAGUUGCAGGAAAGAUUGAGAAAGAAAGGGGCCGCACACUUCCUUCUGCUAUUUAAACCAUCCGCAAUGAAUAAGGCCCAUUAGGUAGCUGCACCAGCAGUCUCGGAGGCAAUGCCACUGCUGCCUGCUCUUAGUUGGUAGCCCGCAGAUAAGGAAGCUUCACAGUCCUGUAGAAAAACACUUUCACGGAUAAAUUCCAGUCUGAGCAACUUGUACAUCAAAGGCGUAGCUAUAAGGGAGUUCUGGCAUCCUUCAGGCAGUCUUAUCAGGGUCUGUUUUGCCACUGCUGGAAAUCUACCCAAGCCUUUUAAAAUGCUUCACUAUAUGCAAACUUUGUACUUCUAUAUUCCCGGUUAUAUCAAACAUACGUUCCUGCAUGCUUCACUGACUCCACCUGCCCCAGCAUCUGGCCAAGCACUUAGCUCAUCACCGAUGACAGUACCACCGCCAAAGCGGAUCUGUGAUGCGGGUGGAAUGUAAAAAUGCUUGUGUUUCAGGAUCACAUUACAGAAUCUGGGUAGUCAAAAUUAAUCUGGAAUCUCUCACUAGAAUGUCCCUCGCAGUCCGUAUGUUAUUUUGGACGUUAAACACCAUAAUUUGAUUUUUGAGGGGGUCAUUUUCAAUCCUGUUCUAUGUUGGUGCCAGUUUCCUGCCUAUGAAAAUGUGAUUACCUGUAAAAGGGAAAAAAAACAUGCUUUUGGCAUCUCGGGGCCUCAUCUGUCGCUAACCUGCAAGAGAUCAGGUAUGGAUUAGUGAUUUUGAAACUAAUCUGUCACUCUGGCUUUAAUCUUGAGCUUCACUUAGAAGUGGCCUUCAGUGUCCCUUUACAACACAGAACAACAAUGAACGAGUCCGAGCUUCAUCAACGCCUGUCACCUCGGUAAUUGAGUCGCCGUGAGAAUGAUCGAGGAAGCGAAGUUUCGGUUUUACUGUCACUUUCAACGAAAACAAAACUGGUGGCUGCCAGUGGCAUGUGCGCCAACCUGCGAGUUCCUCAGCUCGGUCGUUUCCCCGUUUUAAUUACUCUUUUUUUCUUCCUCACUCUUGAAGCACUGUUGUUUUAUCGCAGUUGUGUUAUAUUGUGAUGGAAGGCAAAGCAGAUGGAAGUGCUUGCAGAAGGCUCCUGUUGAGUAGGCAGUAAAUGUCGCCUGUUUGUAAUAUAUAUAUAUUGUACGUGUGUAUCUUCAUUUUUUGAGGGCGCACAGAUUUUAAAAGAGAGUAGCUUUUGACCUCUUUCCUUUUUUUUUUUUUGUCUUUUACAAAGCUGAUAUGUUAGUGCUUGUACUUUUGACCCCGGUACUAUAGUAAUCCCACCUUUGCCGUUUGUUUCUGUUCAGAGUUCCCUCACCUUAUUGUAGUGUUCUCUUUGUUCACUAGCAUGGGUGACCAAGUUGAUGUUUGGCGUGUCGUUUCAGAGGUGUAAAAAACUCUGUAGUAGUCUGUAGAAGGUUGGUCGUGAUGGUACGAGUGGUGCGUUGGGUUUGGCGAUGGCAGAAGCAGAAGUGAAGUCCCCUGCCACAUGCUUAGUAUGUGCAUGGGAUGUUGUAGUAGAGUGUUUUACGCAUUAGCGGAAAUGGUUCUUAUGGCAUUAGGAUGUGCUCCUUGUCACCCAAAACGAUCGGUAGUUUGAAUUGAUAAGCUUUAUUUACACCUUCGCGAUUGAUAACCUGUACGUGGGGUAUGGAAAAUUAGCAUGAGAAGAAAUAUUAGUAGCAAUGAAAAGUUUGUGGAUCACUUGUGCCAACGGGACAAGAUUUGUGGGAUGUUGUGCUGACUUCUGCCCAGAGAAUAAUAGUCAGGUUGACUGGCUGGCUUUUACAUCAAAGAACCUCGUCCAAGUCAGAACCAUCAUAUAGGAGGUUUCAUAAAGUGAGAACCUUUUCUUUAAUUCCUAGUAAAGUGGAUGAAAAAUUUUACAGAUAAAGUAUGGUACUAUAGAAAAGCUUUUGCUGCAUCUGUCAGCUACAUUUCUUGCAUGAUCACCACAGCAGGGAACAAGGUUUUUCGAAGUCCCUGGGUCGCUUUGGAAUACAUUAGAGUUAGUCAUUCAGUCAUAGGACUUUUGGGAAAUGCUAACAAAACAGUUUUACCAGUCAUAUUUAGCCUCUCUGUGUUAUUUUUACUUAACCCAUUUUGUUCUUUAGUCACCAAGUACAAGAUUUCAAGGUUGUCUCUUGGCUGCAGCGAGUGCGUUCUGAUGAGGGCGGAACACAGAAAGUCCUGCCUGUCUAUUUAGAUUUAGGUGCAUAUUGAAGAAUCCCAUGUGGUUGUAAUUAAUCCAUGUGUCCCGCUACAGCAUCUCUCACUACAACAUACUUCGAGUAUUUUUUUAGAAUUGUGGCAUGGAGUUGACAUUUGUGGACGCGCUGAAGUUUACGGAAAAGGCAAAGUUGUUAAUCUGUUAUGCUACUGUAUAUACUUAACAAUGCCAUGAAUGCAAGAAAUGUGUCAAAACUAAAUUUUGAUAGAAUAAUGUGGAACCUUAAAUGGAUUGUUUUUAGAGGGCAAAAAGCAGCUCAAGGUUCACAGCUUGCAGCUAAAGUCUGAACUUAGCGACAAAAGUAAUUCCAUGCACGUAAAUCUUGUUCCCUUGGCACAAGUAUAAUGUUGUGGUGAUGCGGUUGGCACUUUUGUCAGUUUCUCUGUGAAAGUGGAGGAAGGAUAUCUUCUGCAUCUUUUAAGGGUUCCUUUUUUUCUUCAGUAGCUGACAUUACCUUGGAAUGCAGUGCAAACGGGAUUAUGAACAGACUUUCAUACCUUUCAGAUGACAAAGUUGCCGUGAUUGUUUGGCCAGAAAACUGGGCAAUAGGUCAUAUUCACACCAUUAGAAGUGGUAACCACUUUUGUUGUUUGGAAAAAGUGUGUGAGCUUGCAGAAGAGGGCAACGUGUCUCUGCCACUGUUGUCAAUGCACUUGAUAUAAGAUGAGCCUGUAUUUUUGAAGGCACCAGACAAGUAAGGCUAACUUAUGCGCAGGCUUCUUCUCUCUAUGGAAAGCACAUGUAAUUUUAUUAUGCACUACACUUAACAUGCUAAUAGGGAAAUAGUUUUCUGACCCUAGUCGAUCCAUUCGCUGAAACACUGAGGGCAUAAGUUGUGUCAAAUUUUGGUAGUACUUUGUGUUAUGUGAUGUGGAGUGAAUGCCACUUCGUCAUGGGAUGACGUAGCGCAACAUGGCUGGCUAAUUAGUUGCUCAUAAAAGUACAGGUGCAACGCACUCGGGACCAAGUGGACGAAAAUGGUAAUUUGGGCAAAUCGCUAGAGAUCCAUUAUUUCCAAGCAGCUUGAUAAAAAAGAAAAGCAGUCAACAAAACCAAGAAAGGAAGAAUUGCUAUAUGAGCGGACACUACAAAACUCUCCAACUUUUCAUUUAUUAAAGAAAAUAUGCUUGCAUAAUAUGUUGCAUAAAUUAGGGAAACAGGUAUAGAUGUUUGUUUCAGCUUACCUGUUGUCUCAUCAGUAUUCAAAUUUUGCAUAUUGAUGGUGAACUUUGGCUAAUGGUUUAGCGCAGUGAUUGCCUGUUUUGCCCUGAAGAAACCAGAAUUGUGCAUCUGCAGCAAUGCUGGAAGAAAAGGGACAGAUUUUCAUUGCAUAGUGCCGUCUGUCACUGUUCAGAGACACUUAUGCUGUGUGUUGUCGUGACAGUAACAGACGGUACCAGCAUUUUUUUUUUUUUUUUCUCACUGAGGUGAUUACAUCUUCGGUCCCACAUUGCGGUAGCGAGUUUCAUACCAGCUGCAGGGGCCACAUUACAGUGGGAGUGUAAUGCAAUAAAUACUUGUGCACUUAUAUUUAGAUUUUAUUUAGACUUUAUUUAGAUUUUAACCUGCAACAACAACAAUGGGAAGAGAAAUGUGCGGAGAUGGGCGGUCAACUCACCACGUGUUAAACGUGGCAGAUACUGCGGUACCUGAUUGAUCCCACCAACUCCAAGACCACACACAUGCAAGGCAUAUACAAAAUCAUACACGCUUACGGGGGAACGGAGCAACAAUUCCUACGGGAUGUGGAACGCCUUUACAUAUCCCAAACGCCACCGCAAAUAUAUCCGGACUACUCGGGAGAAAGCAACGCCACCCUAGACGCGGAAUUCUCCGUUGCCGAAAUCCAGGCGGCCCUCUUGAAACUCAACACCAAGUCGGCCCCUGGCCCCGAUCGAAUAUACAAUAAGGCACUACGCAAUCUCGAUUACGGAUCGAUCGAAAAACUCACAAAAUACAUUAACGAGUGUUGGGCGCACGGCAAGCUACCCCAGCAAUGGAAAGAAGCAAAGAUCAUACUGAUACCGAAACCCGGAAAGAAACUACAGCUGGAGAGCCUGCACCACGUCUUGCGUGGUCAAGUUGAUGGAGCACGCGUUUCUCAGUAGACUCACGGAUUACCUCGAGGACAACGAAUUAUUUCCACACACCAUGAUUGGGUUCAGAAGACAUCUCUCCACACAAGACACCCUUCUGCAACUAAAACAUCAAAUUAUAGACAAUCCGGGGCGCUUGACGAGAGCCAUCCUUGGGCUGGACCUGAAGAAGGCCUUCGAUUACGUUCGCCACGAUGCCAUGUUGCGACAAAUAGACGAGCUAAAUCUCGGACUGCGAACGUACAACUACGUCCGAGACAUCCUCACGGGAAGAACCGCUCGCAUGCGAGUGGGACAACUAGAGUCAGAUCAAAUCAACAUAGGGAGCUCGGGUACCCCGCAGAGCUCGGUGAUCUUGCCGAUGCUCUUCAAUCUCGUCCUGCUGGGGUUACCCGACUGAUUGCUUCAAAUUAAAAGACUGCAUCACACGCUAUACACGGAUAAUAUUACGAUCUGGACGACAACGGGCAGUGACGGAGCGAUCGAGCAACGUUUACAGCAGGCCAUCCAUUGUGUGGAAAACUAUCUAAUGAGCACGGGACUUGCCUGCUCGGUCGAAAAAUCCGAACUGCUGCUAUAUAGACCGGUCAGAAAGGGGUGCCCACCUAAAGGCUACAACCCCCCGGAAAAGGAAGAUAUCCUAUUAAUGGCAUCAAACGGCCUACCCAUCCCGAUGGUAGAUAAAAUCCGGGUAUUAGGAAUGGUGAUUGAACACAAGGGAGGCAAUUGCAAAGCACUUCACAAGAUAACAGCAAAGGCCACCAGUACGAUGCAGCUCAUUCGACGCAUCACCAACAAACACGCGGGCAUGCGCGAAGACAGCGUCGUACGACUCAUACAAGCCUUCGUCACGUGCUCGAAAAACUCGGCGUCACGUAUCACACGCAGCACGGCAUCAAAGUGGAAAUUCCUAAAACUGUACGCGAGCAACUAUACGUACCCCCGUUGCCUCGCAACAUGCACCCCCAACACCGCACGAGGAGACGUAAAGCCAGGGCACAACACAUGAACCAAAGUUACUCCAACAACAAGGAGCCGGUCUUCACCGAUGCAGCCUGUUAUCCAGGCAGGAAGAAUUUCGUGGUGGCAGUUACAAGCCACCGAGGCAACCACCUCACGAGCGUCACCGUGAACACGGCACAUGCCGAAGCGGCAGAGGAAGCGGCCAUAGCACUGGCCCUCACACAAACCAAAGCAACAUACGUGAUCUGCGAUUUGCAAACGGCAAUUUGCAAUUUCGCAAAAGGGCGCAUCUCGCAAGAGGCGUAUCACAUACUUCAGCGACAUCCCACACACCAGGGAGAGGCCGACUUCGAUAACCAAAGGCAUUAGCUAUGGAUCCCGGGACACAUUGGAUUGAGCACCCCCGACGAAGCAGCACACCACGUUGCUUGAGGCCUCACUCACCGAGCAUCAUCGGAGGAAGAGCCCCCGCGGGGUACUGCAAACGUCUGGGCGUGGGAGGAUCGUAUGACCAGGUUCCACGACAUUACGACACACUACCAGUUACAAAGGCACAUAUACCCAUUCCGUCACACAUGGUUAGACAGGAUGCAAGCAGUACACCUCAGACAAUUGCAAACAGAUCCUUACAAAAACCCCAGACUCAUGCAUGCCAUAUAUCCAGACAUGUACUCUACAAACAGAUGUACAUCGUGUGGCGAGGUUGCCACACUUAAUCACAUGUUAUGGGAAUGGCGGCACUUAACAAACAAGUCGGGCAGUGCUGAUCCCUCCGUCCCUUCCACCGCCAGCCUCCGCUCGCGCUGGAAGACCGCACUGCUCAGCUCGAACCUGACAGCACAACUCUGGGCCGUCCAGCGAGCCAAGGAAGCCGCUUCGAGACAAGGUCUCGGAACCGCGUCCGCGGCGGGUGCCCUGACCCACUAGAAGGGCGCCGGACUCAAAUCUUAUUGAUUUGAAAAUAAAGUUUACGCUCUUGCUUAUAUUUAGAUGUGCAUUAAAGAACUCCAUGUAGUCGAAAUUACUCUGGAGUGCCCCACCGUGGCAUGCCUCAUGAUCAUAUUGUGGUUUUGGCACGUAAAACCCGAAAUUUCUUUACUUCCACAUUGUGAAUGGCACAUAAUUGUGAGUUAUAGCAAACAAAACAGGCAAAUGUGCAUGGUAUUUAAACAUUGUAUUAAGUGGACCAUAAAAUGCCACCUCUGUCCAAAAUUUGGGUACUGAUGAGUCCAUGUUUAUCUGACAGUUAAAAUACAUAUACAGUUAAAACUCGAUCUAAAGAAACCCGAUUUUAUGAAGUUCCUGAUCUAAUGAAAAAAUUUCGUUUCCCCGGCAAAUACCCAUAGAGUUCAAUGUUGUCAUCAACACGAAUUAACGAAACUAACUUGGCCGAGCUCGAUUUAACGAAGUUUUUCCUGAAUUAAAUUAGUAAAUAAAGCAUUGAUUUCUUUUUAAUUUUGAUAAAGAUGGGUUUUUCUUCGAGCAUGCACUCUCAAGCUAAUGCGUUAGAACAUCUAGGUGCCCUAGUCAUGGCCCUAGCUUUAUUUUGACGAGGCUGCACGUCGCGCUCAUGCAUGGAACUGCGGACUCAACAUCGCCUCGGGAGGGGCAGCAGUAGUUGCUUUCGUUAUUUCAUGGUCUAUGCGACAGAUGGCUGGAUUAGCGUCAAAUACGAUGCUGCAGUAGCUUUUGCGUGUCGCUACAUUACAAUUCUAGAUUUCGAAGGACCGGAAAACUUUUGUAUCCAUUUUACAAACUUCCCGAUUUAACUAAAUAAUUCGAGCGUGGUCAUCACUUCAUUACAUCGAGUUUCAACUGUAUACUGUUAACAAGAAUAUGAUAGUGCCGGUAAAAAUGCAUAGAAAAGAGCGAUAUGAAGAUCGCCUGACUAAGUCCCAUCCAGCUAUCGUACAGCAAGGAAUCGAUGUGCCUUGGUCAUCUACUUCCCGAGUGCGUUGCUCCUGUACUUAACCAUACAACAGAACUGGUGCUUUUAACUAAGCCUACAAGGCAUGUGCACAUGAGAUUGUUUUGCUUUGCACGCCUUGCACGCACAUUGGGUGCCCCGCUUAGCAAAUGUGCUCAAGUUUAUUGGUCUCAAUCGGUAGCAUUUUACCAGGUGUACCUGAUCACACGAUGCUUGGCUAGUUGGUUUGUAUUGCACUGAUGAUCGAUUAAUGAGCACGAGCGAAGAUUAUGACACAGGUAGAAAAAAAAAUGGCUGCGGUGGUUCAGUCACUAUGGAAUUCUGUGCUGAGGUCAUAGGUUAGAUUGCUGGCCUUGGCUGCCGCAUUCUGCUUGUGGUGGAAGGCAAAAACGCUUAUGUACCAUGCUUUGCGUACAUGACAUGUUUAAAGGCCAACUGAAGUGUAAUUUCACUAUGGCUAAAUUGGUAAUAAAGGAGUAGUACAUACAUAAGCUAUUAAAGCAACCUCUGCAAAGCUAUAGGGCUGGUAAUUGCCAAAUAAUCUUAUAAGCAGCCUUUUAAUAGUGCCUAAGCAGAUGAUGCAUGCUCUUGGUAGUCAGUGGGUACAAUGCAGGUUCCAGCACAUCGCCUUAGGGAAUUUUGAGUGGGCAACCGCAUGCAGUGCCUAAUCUGGGAGCUCAUGCCAAGGAGUCAUGUAAUCUGAGUUGUGUUUGACUUCUGGUGAGCAGUAAUAGGGGUUUCCUUUAUUUUUUCGGUUUUGGCAUCAGAAAUGCCAACUUUUUCAAGCGUUUCAUGAGGCAUCUACUCAUUUAAAAUUUCAUGUGCAGGCUGUUUCUUAUCUACGCUAUCUGCCCCAAAAUUUUGUUGCAGUUGGUCUUUAAAAACCUUGUGUGGUUAAAAAUUGUCCAGAGUUCUGCACUAAAGCUUCUCGCAAGGCCCCUCUGUCAGUUUGGGUUGUUAAACCUCAGCAGUCAACAUGGAUUAAAACAAGGGAGCAGGACAAGUUUCUGCCUAUGUCCUCGUGUUCGUUCGUGCACUUUAAUGAUCAGUUCAUAUGUACCCGCGUCUCUGUCCAUGUGGCCAAGUUUCCUGUUUUAUUGUUUUUUUUUUUAAAUAUCGUCCUUGAAAAGAGCACAGACCCAAACCUGCAGCUGUACUACAUGUUUGGCUGAAUUUAAAUGUUUAUACUAGCGUUCUCAAGAGUAUUAGGAGAAUGCAGACUGUGGGGAAAAGAAAAAAAUGUGGGGCAGGGGGAUCUGCUUUUUUAACACUACACGCUGUAAAAAAAAACGUUAGAGAAAAGGUGUUUACCAUAUCGAACAAUUCCGGUGAACUUGUGGACCCCAAGCAAUUCCAGAGAAUUCCAGUUUCACUACCUGCACUGUCCUAAAGAGGUUGUAGAAACUAGCUUUCAGAGCACUUUGGACGUGGUGGCCAGAACAUUUGCCCACAGCUGGCCAUGCCUGUGCAUGACCAUGCACAUUUUUUUUUUUUUUCCAUUCUGAUAAAAGAAAUUUGGCCUAGGAGCACAUGUUGCAUGAUUUUGUAGUCGCUGUUGUAGCAAGUUCCGUCAGUUUGUCGUGUUCGUGUGAGCGUCUGGUUGGCAAUGCAGUCGUGUUCAGGCUGACACGCUUCUUGGAUAAAUGGCAGU